UGUAAAAGUAUGGCGGAAGAAGUAAUGAAUAAUGGUAAGCGAGCAAUUUUGACUAAAGUUAAAGAAGAACCAUUAUCCGAUGAUGAUGAAGUGAUAUGUGAGCCUGUUGCUAAAAGUCCAAAAAGAUCUGACAAUCUCAGUCUGAGUGAAUGUGUCGUCAAGACGGAACCUAGAGAUGAAGUACCGGCGCCUACAAAGAGUUCAGCAGCGAAAAUUAAAAUUGCUAUUAAAGCCACCAAGGAAAAACACACGGUUAAAAUUAAUAAAGAUUCUACUGUAAAAGAACUGAAAAAUGAAGCAGCAAAAGCAUUCAAAAUGCCUGUAGAGAAGGUGUGCUUGAUUUAUUCAGGGAAAGUUUUGAAAGAUUCCGAUGUACUAUCUGCAAUUAGCAUUGAAGAUGGUCACAUUUUACAUCUAAUUGUCAAGACAAAUGUGGUAUGUUUUCAGUAAAUUUAUUACUUGAAAUUUUGAUACAUAAUGGAUUUUAAUAUUACUCUAGAUGCAUAUGGUACAGCAGAGCAAGGGCGG